CUGGAUUCUGAAUUCCAUUUCCUCCCUCCCUUGAUGCGACUCUCAGCAAUAACCAACCAGCACAAUGGCAGAAGUGAUCGUCGCCUUCGACAUCUACGGGACCUUGCUGUCCUUUGAAUCAGCCACGCACGAGCUGUCGCAGCACUUGCAGGCGGACGCCGAGCGCGCGCACACCGUGGCCCAGACCUGGCGCCGCUACCAGCUGGAGUAUACCUGGCGACUGAACAGCAUGGGACACUAUCUCCCCUUCAACGAAGUCACCCGAAACGCUCUGCAGCACGCGCUCAACGACACCGGAUCCUUCCUCAGCGAGCCGGAGAUCGACAGCGUCCUCGCGGCCUACGAUCGCCUGCAGCCGUUCCCGGACGUCGAGGACGCGCUGCAGAAGAUCGCAGCCACGCGGAUCAGGCCGGUGGUCUUUUCCAACGGGACCGUGGAGAUGGUGCGCGCCGGUCUGCGCCACGCCGCAUCGCCGGCGCUACAGCAGAUAGAGAUGGAGAUCGUCAGUGUGCAUGCCGUGCAGCAGUACAAGCCCGCCCCGGCGACCUACCGGCACCUGCAGGCGCAGGUGGGCGGCAGCGCGGCGGCGGGGGGAAUAAUCUGGCUCGUCAGCGCGAAUCCAUUCGAUAUCGCCGGCGCGACGAGGGCAGGCCUGAAGACGAUCUGGGUCGAUCGGGACCAGGCGGGUUGGACGGACCGCGCGUUGCCCGGGGUCGAGCCCACGGCGUGUAUCAGCCAGCUAGGGGACUGCGUCGAUAUCAUUCUUUAAGACUACCGAUGACAUGUACAAUACGGCACUACUGUGGGAAAAAAAAAAAAGUCCUUCUCCGUGUCGUCGAGCAAGCCGCAAGCUCAAAAAGAACUUGCGAAAAAGGCUGGAGGGGAUGUCCCGCUGUAGUAAUUUCCAAACGCUCCACGCCAAAGGUAGAGAAGAGUCCGGGGUAAGUCAGCAGAUGUUGCUCUGACCUCCCAUUUCCCCUUCAAGAACCCACGGGAAAAGGAUUCUCGAAGUGAAUAGGGAGGAGUGAUCA